AGAGCCCGUCAUGCUCAUGCAUGCAUGCAUGCUGAUCAUGCAUACUCGAUAAAUAUACAGCAGAGAGCUGAGCUACGUACACAAACAAGAAGCUUGCAUUGUUCGUUGCUCGAUCGUUGCAGGUAAUGGAGAACCCUGCUCCGAGUAUCGUAGUGCCCCCCAUCGCCGCACCUGUAUCAGCGAACUUCAGCAGACUCGCCUUCCGCAACCUGUACAUCCGACGGACGGGUCCAGACAGCAGGGAGAUGGUGACUGUGGAGGGAAGAAGAGGCUCUAGUGAUCAGACAGGCGACAUGAGGUACGUGAGUGACUUCCCCGUCUACGAUGGCCGUGGCUCCGACGCCGUCCUGGUGGCUCGCGUGCAGGGCGUCACAACCACGUUCGGGAACUCCAACCAGUUCUUCACCGUCGCCUUCGAGGCUGGCAGCAGGCUAAAGGGCUCCACGCUCCUUACCGAAGGAGUGGUGACGGAUGGAUCCGAUGAAUGGGCAAUCUACGGCGGGACCGGAGAGUUUGCUAUGGCGAGAGGUGUCGUCAAAAGAAGGUACCUUGCCGAUAGGGACGGCGCCGGGAACACUGACGAGCUCAGCAUGCAGGUUUUCUGCCCGGUGUUUGGCUCAUCACAGCAACCAAACAAGCAGGACUCCACCAUCUCUGUCACCAAGAUUGGGUUAUGGGGUGGCGAAGGAGGGUCGGCGCAGGACAUCACGACGACGGAGCCACCGCAGCGCCUGCACAGCCUCACCGUUCGUGCCAGUGCCGCCGUCGACUCCAUCGAGUUCACGUAUACUGACAGAGGUGGCCAGAGGCGCGCCGCUGGGCGAUGGGGUGGACUUGGCGGCAACCUUCGAACGAUCGAUCUUGGCGACGCCGAGGAUGUCAGGGAGGUCUCAGGAACGUACGGCACAUUUGAAGGAGCCACCACGCUGACCUCGUUCAGAAUUCUCACCAGCAGCAGGACAUGGGGGCCAUGGGGCGUCGAGAACGGGACGCGUUUCUGCAUCACCGCGCCGGUCGGCAGCAGCAUCGUGGGGUUCUAUGGACGCGCGACCAGCAGGCUCGUCGCUGCGCUUGGUGUUUACCUGCGCCGACUUUGAUUUGAUCUGAACAGAGCAGGCUACCUACUAGCAAUUGCCUGCUCGAUCAAUUAUCUUUCGCACCCUUUAUUAUUAAUAUAAUCUCGAUCGGUCAUCGUACUCCUAUGUCAAUGUCAAAUAAAGGUCAUAUGUAGUCAUCGAUAUUGUUGGAUUUAUUGGCAUGGUCUAA